AUGGGAGACGCAGGAGAGAUGAAGAUGCCACGAGUUGGUCUUCAAACUGCUCAGCACGAAGAGCUUUUGAAUAUCAUUGACACCCUUCGCUCACAAGGCAUCAGCCGCUAUGUUGACCUCCCUCAACUCAUCGUCUGUGCUAUUUCCGGCCUGCGGUUCCCUACGAAAGACAAUCUCUGUACACGUUUCGCAACUGAACUCAUCCUGAGACGAGCCACAUCACCGAGCAUCACUGUUACGAUCACUCCUGGGGAUGACCGUAGUCAAGAAGAGUCCGAUGAGCUUACACGUUUCCAAUCGCCCUCUACCAGUAUCGAUGACUUCGCAAAUAUCGUUGCUGCAGCCGAGAAGGCCAUGGGAUUGAAUGAGUCGACCAGAGUCUUCGCCAAAGACAUCUUGCGAGUCGAACUAUGUGGUCCAAGCCAGCCACAUCUGACACUGGUUGAUCUUCCUGGAAUAUUCUGGGCUGGUGACAAGAGCCAGUCUGACGACGAUGCUAAGAUUGUGCAUUCACUUGUUGAAUCUUACAUGAAGAAGAGUCGAUCCAUCAUCCUCGCUGUUGUUUCUGCAAAGAGUGACUUGGCUAUGCAGAUCAUCACGAAACUUGCGCGCGACAUUGAUCCUACUGGUGAACGCACCUUGGGAAUCAUCACAAAACCCGAUCUGCUCUUCGCAGGCUCUGAUAGCGAGAGUUCGUUUGUCAAACUUGCGAAGAAUGAGAACAUAACCUUCAAACUGGGAUGGCAUGUUCUCAAGAACCGAGACUAUGACACCAGAAAUUCCAGCACCUCCGAGCGUGAUCUAGCAGAGAGAGUUUUUUUUGAGCAAAACAUCUGGUCUUCGGCACUUCCACCUUCUCAGCUCGGUAUAUCUGCCUUAAGACCUCGGCUCAGCAAGAUUCUGCUGAGGCAAAUUCUGAGAGAGCUUCCGGGACUUAUUGCCGAUGUCGAGUCCGGCCUCAAUCGAUGCAAGCGACAACUUGAAAUGCUCGGCGGUUCCCGGGCUACGGUCUUUGAGCAGCGUGGUUACUUGUUCCAAGCAAGUCAGACUUUUGUGAAUCUUAUGACUGCAUCAAUCGAUGGCAGGUACAGCCAGGCUUUCUUUGGGAGUGCAGAGAGCGACGAAGGCUAUGGCAAGCGACUACGUGCUGUUGUUCAACGCACCUUGAAAGAGUUCGCGGAGGAAAUGCACCUCAAGGGCUCUGCUGUCAAGAUUGUCAACUCCAUUUCAAAACGCUCGAAGUCGUCGUGGGCUGAUUCUGAAGAUGAAUUGUUUUAUAUCUUGAGAGAUGAGUAUCUGAAGAAUGUUCAACUUCGCAUGAGUCGGAACCGAGGCCGAGAGCUCCCCGGGCUCUUCAAUCCAGACAUCAUUGAUGACCUCUUCUAUGACCACGCAAAGCCAUGGCAGCGUAUUAUACUUGCGACCAUGGAACGUGUCGUUCAAGCUGCAGAGACCGCAAUCAAGUAUGUUCUUGAAGAGGCCACUGACGCAACGACAAUCGAUGGGAUCAUGAGCUUGCUUGUCCGGCCCAACUUUGACCUCAUAAAGACGGCUCUAGAAAAUAAGGCUCAAGAAAUCCUGCAACCUCACCAUCAACGCCGUUUAUUGACUUUCAAUCACUACUUCACGGACAGUUUACAAAGACUACGACAGGCGGAAACACAGAAGAUUAUGGCUGACAGACUCGAAUCGUUCUUCUUCAUCAACCCUGAGGCUGAGAAGGAACAAGACCGUAAAUGGACUGGCGGAAAGGAUAAUUCAUUUGAUGUUGGGGAGCUACUGAAAUCUCUCACCUUUGAAACAGACGCUGACAUGGACCGCUUCGCUGCGAUUGAUGCUAUGAAUGCGAUGUUGGUGUAUUACAAGGUCGCCUUGAAGUCUGUGAUCGACACAUUCGGAAUGUAUGCCGUAGAGGCAUGUCUGAUGGCCAAGAUCGGAGACAUCUUCACCCCAAUGCAAGUUUCCAUGCUUGAUGACGCCGCCAUCAACCGCAUUGCUGCCGAGUCCGAUGAGUCGAUCGCCGAGCGUGAAGACCUGACCAAAAAGCUCAAGGUUCUCGAGCAAACCAUGAAGACAAUGGAGCGUCUUCGGACAUUCAAAGAUGCUGGUGUGUGA